UUUUUCCAGAGAUUUCCAACUAUUAUCCGACAGGAAUCCGGUAAAAGAAAACGAACAUGUAUGUUUUCCUCAUUAGCUUUAACGGGAAUAUGAAUAUUACACUGAAAAAAACGAAAACUUCAUGAGUUGAUAUUCUCUCAAAAUCGGAGAUCACCCCUUUUGGGCGUUUCUAUUUUUAGCAUCAGCUGUUGCAAUACAAAGAUUAGCUACUCAACGUAUUGUUUCGCAGAUGUGGGGAGCACACACUCCCGGCUGUGGUGAAAGGGCGGCGGUGGUCUGAAAGCCGAGAAAAACGAGAGAAAGCAGGAGGAAUAUGUCGGCGUGAGGACGUUUCUUUGUGUUCCCCACGGCGAGGCUCAUAUCGUCAGGUGUCUCCCCUCAGUAUCCUACUACCCUAAUUCCCACCGUUACCACCACUGUUGAGGUAGCCAUGGCAACCAGCGCAUUGCCAAGUGACAACCUGCCAACGUACAAGCUUGUGGUGGUGGGGGAUGGUGGUGUUGGGAAGAGCGCCCUCACCAUCCAGUUUUUCCAGAAGAUCUUCGUGCCAGACUACGAUCCCACAAUAGAAGACUCGUAUCUGAAACACACAGAGAUAGAUGGACAGUGGGCAAUUCUGGAUGUGCUGGACACAGCCGGACAGGAGGAGUUCAGUGCGAUGAGGGAGCAGUAUAUGAGGACAGGAGACGGCUUCCUCAUCGUCUUCUCUGUGACAGAUAAGGCCAGCUUUGAACAUGUCGACCGAUUCCAUCAACUCAUUCUACGGGUCAAGGACAGGGAGGCCUUCCCGAUGGUGUUGGUGGCAAACAAAGUAGACUUAGUCCACCUGAGAAAGAUCACCACUGAUCAGGGUCAAGAGAUGGCUGCAAAACAUAGUAUAACUUAUAUUGAGACCAGUGCCAAGGAUCCUCCCAUGAAUGUCGACAAAGCCUUUCAUGAGCUGGUUCGUGUUAUAAGACAACAGAUCCCAGAGCGAAACCUGAAGAAGAAAAAGAAGAUGAAAUGGAGAGCAGAACGCUCUGCAGGUUCUCACAGGUUCCACUGCGCCAUAUUGUGACCUCCCCUGUCUCUUUUGUAUCAAUAGUAACAUGUACACCAACACGCACACCCACAUACCUUUGGAUUUCAGGGAAUUCCCUAGCAGUGGUUGACUACUGGAGCACAAAAGGGAGGGGUGGGGUCAACGAACAGCUGGAUGGAUACGUAGGAACAGAAGGAGAGGAGGAUCCGAAAUGUUGGACUGAUAUCCUCUCACCCUCCUGGAUGCCUUGGGAUGAGUGCUGUGCCCUCUCUCCUCAAUUUACGGUCCUUUCCAAAGGUCAUUGCAUCCCUCCCAUCUGUAUUCAACAGAGAAAGACAGUGUCUGAGAACUGUUUCUUAAUCAAGUGUCACUUUUGAAUUCCAUGUCAAAUGUGGCACAAGACAGCGGACUCUGGGAGCAAAGCCAGAGAUCAAAAUAAUCUUGAUAUUGGGACUUGUAUCUUCUUGAAAAAGGGAGGAACUGGCUGAAAAUGGCGCUUUAUUUUUCAGGACUUAACUCCAACAGCCUGCUGGACGUCACCUUUCUAUCCUCAAUAUCCAUAAAAAUCAGGAAGAAAAGAGCCUGUGUGGACCAGAUAUGUUAGCAGCGUUCUCUCUGUGUAGAGUGAACAUCAUAAUGGCGGGGGCGGAUGGAUAUGGGACCGGUAGUGGUAACAAAUAGAUUUAGUGUGGUGUUGUGGAUGAAUGAAUCGUGAGUUCUGUGAGUACAUGUUGUACCCUGUAGUCAUGUGAUGCUCUGGUGUUUGAGAAGUCAGUUCAGAGAGGGUGGAAGGACGUGUUGAACGGGAAGCAAAAGAAAUGUGAUUGAUAGAGAGAGAGAAAGUAUCAUAUCAGUUAUUAUUGUUUAACUAUUGUAAUUGUAAAUGAUGCUGAGGUUGGUCGGUGUUUGUGGUUACAGUUAAAUGUCAAAAAAGCAGGGUUUGGACCAACACUGACAUGUCAGCGGCCAUGUUUACAGACGCUCAUAAAAGGAUAGUUAUCCCAUAUUAAGAAGUAAAUCAGAGCCACUUAACAUGAAGUGUUUGAACUUAAUUAUGGUUAAUCAAGUUUGCCUCUUCACUCAUUACCAGCAGCAUGAGUGCAGCCUACAUCAGUACUGUAUCAACAAUAGCCCUGAUAUUGUUUUUGUCUUUGUAGUCUUAAAAGAUUUUCCUUAAGCCAUUUUAAUUUACGUGUUGUUGUUAUAAAAAUAUAUAGAGAGUUACAAUUAUAUUUACCAUGUUAAAAAAAUAAUUUAACUGUAGGUGGCGAUUUAACUCGAAUGAAUUGCUGUUUUACAAAAGAGCUGUACAAUAAGAUAAGGGAUAGUUAGAGCUUCAUGUUUCAGACGUGAAACGGGCUGGAGAAGCUAAUUUGCACUGGCCACUAACCAAAAUAAUGUGAUGUCACUUUAUUCCAAUCCUGGGGCUUUUCAGACAGUGCCGCUGAAUUCAGGAAGAGUCUAAGAGGAGCCGUGCUCAGUGAAGGAUAUCACUCCUACAGUUUGAGGAGGCGUACUGUAGCCCCGGGGAAUCAGUCCCAGAUGAAAUGGCAGUCUCAUGCCCCCUCCCCCCCCGGGGCUUAAAGCCAUGGUAACCCAGCUACAUACUUAGUUAUGUCGUCAACAAACUACACAAUCAAAGCAACAAGAUAUUGUGUUCUUUGUGCUCAUGUUUGUAGCCGUGAAGUUGAUAGGAAUGUACAACUUAAUAACCUAUGAAAAUGGCUCGUACUGUUAAUGCACUAAAAUUUCAGUGGACAACUUUUUUUUUUGUCUGGAUGAAUACGGUCUCUCGAAGGAAUACAUUUUUGCACUUUUAAUACAAUUUCUCACUUUCCUAUCAGCAUGUUGUUUUCUGUUUAAUCUGCGCGUGAAAUGAAAGGCACGAUUAAAAUGAUUUGAAUGUAAAUCAAAUAACAAAAUAAGCAAAACAUGAUGAUUAGGGUUGUAGCCCUGUGUGCCUGAGUAUGCCGGUCAUCAUGGCGAUGAUUGUAACAGAGAUGAGAUAAAUUGAGGUUCAAUUAUUGGAAAGGUAUUGAAAGAAAAACUCAGUAUUACUCUGUUUGGAUUUCAGAAGAUUGAGUUCUAAAAAAACAUCUAUCAAACGGCAUACGGCUUCACCUCAGCCUGGAAGUGGAAAUCGACCUCAGCCAACAAAGGAGGAAAGUAUGUAUCUCCAUCCACUGUUAAAGGGACUACAGAAAGUUUCCAGCAAAGGACAAAAAACAUUGAAGAACUGAUCAUUGAGCAGUGAAGCGACAGACUCUGGAUCAUAGUGGAGUAAAGAAAAAAAACAUCUGAAUGUGUUUAUUGAAAAUGGUGCAUCAUAUAUGUUUGAUACCAUUUUGUAUAAUUGAUAUGUAUUAUUGAUAUGAUUCUUGCAAAGUGUUUUUUAAACAACUGAAUAAUUUAUUACGGUCUAUGUUACCUCAGCUUGUCCCAGACCUGGACAAAAAGUUUAACUCCUCCCACUUUUAGCUUUUUUUUUUCUUUUUACUCAAUGGGACUUUUAACGGGUCACAGGCCUUUUGCCUUUGAGCCUCCAGAUCAAGAGACUUUUAACACGUCACAGACCAAGAAGAAAAUUGGUCCCACGUUUUAUUGGCGCUCAUAAUGAUAACUUUACAAAUGAAAAUGGAAUCAUUCAAGGUAAAACACAAGGAAAGUUUGUUUUCCACCUUACAAUUUUAAAAUGGUUUCUUUGUUCAGUGCAUGUUCAACGUGUUAUUUAAAGCUACAUGAUGAAACUGAUACAGACGCCCUGUAGGAACACUAAAUAUAAAGCCUGUUAGCUCAGUGUAGCUUGGCAUAAAUACUGGAGCUAGGAGGAAACGGCUAGCCUCUCUCAUCACAUCUGAGGUAAGAUACGAUCUCGUAGGCUAUGUAAGCUCUUGUACAUUUUAAACAACCUUAGCUCAACAUAACUUGUUAGUCCGCUUUAGAGAUGCUGGUCAGGGACAGCCAUCCCUUUCUUUAACAGUACAUAUGAGAAAAUGAUUCUUCAGAUACUUCACUUUUUAGUUUUGGUGGAACCUAGAUCAGUAUGGAACCUCAUAAUUACAAGUCAAACACAAGAUGUCUCUAAUGGGUUUAUUUCCCAUUCACAGCUGUAAAUGAGUGACAGGUGUCAUGGUCCGCCCCCUUGAUUAGCUGAUCAUUUGGUAUUUUCAAUCAGCCCAGAGGCCACUAGCUUCUGACCAAUGACACAACUGUAGCAUAACAGACUGUUAACUAAUUUAGCAUCUCUUAACUUAAGACUAUUUCACAUAACAUUGUCAAGUAAAAUAAAUUAUUUCUUAAGUCGUAAUCACAGCGGUCACAAUGCUAAUUAUUUCAGUACGUUAAUGGCAAUUUAUAUUGUGUGUUAGCAUCUAGCUUACUAGCUAUACAAUGUACAUCAAGCUCCACUCCAUCUGCGAGAAAUUUCACCUGCAAACACCGACUGUGUUUCUUGUAGACAUGCCAGCUGUUCUCCUGCUACCUCUUUUUAUGCUAGGCUAAGCUAAUUGUGCUAACUGUAGCUUAAUAUUUAGUAUACGAAUACAACAGCGGUAUCAAACUUCUCAUUUAUCCCUCAAUAAGAAACAGAAUAAGUGUAUUUCCCCAAGAAACAGCACAAUUUCUUGAAGCAGACUUGGCCUGUGUAUCAACAAAAUGUAUUCUUGGCUAUUUUAAUGAUUUGGUUUGCGGUCCAAAAGCAGUUUGAAUCAUAAAGUUACCUCUGGAAUGAAACCUGCUGAUUUAUUGUGCUGGCUUCACAUCUCAGGCAGACCAAAUACAAAAAUCUGAAAGUGAACAUACCAAUAAUCUUCAUUGAGAUUAUAUUUUAGCUUCAUUGAGCUUUUUUUUGUUUUUGUUUUCAUUGAUUGGAGACGUAGCAAUCUUUUUCAAAACAGACGCCAAGUAUUGUUGAAGUAAUGCAGUUAGUUUGAAUCGUGUAUGUCCUGAAAUAUUGUCGGUAUGUAAAAUGGGUGGUGUGACUCCAAGUUUGGAUGACAAAAAAAAAAAGGCAAAAUGUGGAGUUUUCACCCGAGUUGUGUAAUGUGUGUUUUUUUUUUGACAGGUCUGUUGUGUUCUAAGGGGCUAUGUCAGACUGAGGAGCUAGACGAGGCACAAAUAAACCGUGUGGCCUUUCUAAUCUAGCCUCAGGGGUCGACUAUAUUUCAAUAAAGAAAUACAACUAUU